UGCAUACCAAAUUAAUAUACAUCUAUAUAUAUAUAUGGUUCAUAAUAGAAUCUCCAUUACUGUAUGAUAUGCACCUGGCAUGUGUUAUAAGCCCUACAUUUACAUCAUUAAUUAACUAUUAAUUUUAAUCAAAAGAAAUGUAAGUAAAUUACAUUGAAACAAUCAAAAGUUGUCAAACUCAUUUAUGCUAGUAUGCCAAUUUUUCAAGAGGGUUGUUAUUUGCCGCCCGAUAGAUUACUAUUUGCCGCCCACAAUUUUGAAGCAAAUGACUUUUUUGUCCUCGAACCACAAUUGUCAUUCGCCAGCAACAAUUUCCGCUGACUGUAAAUCCAGCCGCCAUAAAUCUCCGCCGGCCGAUCGACCUCCUCCACGACCAAAACCUCACCUACGAUAGCUUCCUUCCAUCUUUCCGGAAUCACCGCCGACCAUAAAUCCCUCCACGACCAAGUGAUAUGCUCCGAUCGAUGGUACAACCGGUUUAUGCAGGUUAGUCGAUUAAAGCACCAAAAAUUGACAUUUUUGAAGUGGAUAAUGACUUCCCGCUAGAGAUUCAGGGGAAGUUUUUGGAUCAAACCAAUUGGAUUCCAACCAAGGAGGAGAAAUUUUUCCUCACAUAACUUAUGUAAUUCGACUUUGUCAUACCUGUGGUGGUGAACUAACAGGACUCGCCGGAGAGGCAGAGCAGCUCACUUAUUCCGUCAAUGAGGAAGUAGGGAAAGACGGAAAGAAAAGCGGUAGAUCAUUCCUUUCAUAUCAUCCUUCACGUUGUGGAUCAUUAAUUGAGAGAUAUAUAUAGAAAAAAAAUAAGAAUGAUAAAAAGCGAUAUUCAAAUACCAUGUUCGCCGGCGAAGCUAAAACAGAGCACCCCCUCUCCGACAUCAAUUACAGCCACUCUAUGGAUGAAUUCAGUUCGGAAAUCGAAGAACUGAGAUGUGGGUUUUGGAUUUCUGAUUGUGGGGAAGACGAUGAGAUCGAAAAGAGACGGACUUGAGGUUGGGAAUAAGAAGGGGGGCGAGAAGGAGAGGCCUCUGUUUCGGAGCACUAGCUGGCCAUUAGAGGUAUUUUUUGCAGCCUCUGUCGAAGUCCCAUUAACAAUACCAAAACCCACUGUAGAAAAAGGUGAAUAUCACGAAUAAAGAAGAGAAAAAAGAGCUGCACCAACCAGGAGAGCAGGGGCAAAAACUACAACACAAGAAGACAAGAAACAGAGCACAAUGAUGGAAGAAACGAGGGAGGGAGGGAAAAGGAAGGAAGGAAGGGGAAAAAAAGGAGACGGGCGGUGAAAGGAACAGGCAACCACUGCCGAGUCCAGAAUCAUAGCCUCCGAACCAAGAACAACCCUAUAAACAAAGAAUUAAAAAAAAAAAGGCAGAGAGAUGAACGAGGGAAAUACAUCAUCUCAUAAAAUAAAAAACUAAUUCAAAUAUUUUGCACAAUAUCCCCCAGCUUGCAUUCUCACUCGCGAUCGAUCGCCCAAUAGAUCUUGAAGAGAGUCCUAUAUAAUCCCCACCCUCUUCUUCUCCACCACAUGGUAUGCAACACUACAACUCUCUCUCUCUCACAACUUCUUCUUCUUGUAUAAUCAUCUACCAAUGAGCUUGAGUUGCUCCAUCUUGGUUUUCUCUUCACAUUUCUAGUCUCUCUCUCUCUCUGGUUUUCGAACCGGUGAGGAGGGGAGUUCUCCUCCCCCAUCUCUGAACGGGAUGUCGAGGAGUGGCCACACCUGCUGGUUCAUGAAUACCCAUGGCAUUGCGCGCGUUUCGACCUAUUAUAUGCCUGCUCGUCGCAUGGAUAAUAGCAGCGCAAAGACUGAGGGUUUGCAUGCGCCAGGAGAUGUUGUUUCACUUCCAUCCUUUCGGCUUGGGGUGAAGGGAGCUCCCCUCUCCCUUCUUCCAUACUACUCUACCCUCUCCUCUUCUUUUCUCUUGCAUUUCCUCGUCCCACGCGCGUGAAUUUAUUUCAGUAGCAAUUUCUCAAACUCCAAUUCAAAAGUUUCAUAUUUCCUCUAUGAUCUUUUUUUUUAAAUUUCUACGGUUAAGAUGCAUAGUUUACCCCAAAAAAAUGUUGUGUGGUAAUAAUGUGCAACGAUUUUCAUACUCGAAUUCACAACACAACAGGAACUUCGUCACAAUAAUUUUUUGCCACACAUAUACACAUUCCGUUCAAUUUACACAUAUAUUUUUCGCAUUUUAUUUUAGGUAUGUGUUCUUUCAAUUUACACAUAUAUUCUUCGUAUUUUAUUUCAGGUUUGUGUGUACACACGACUACUCAUUAUAGCAUUGCACAACAACUUCUCAAAAUGGAGCUAAGUACGAAGUUGCCAUUUUUAAUGCACUUUUGCAUAGUAUGAAAAUAGCAUGGUGAAGUUCACUUUGCUUGGUAACCUCUUUGAUCAUUAAUUAAUUUUAUUGACAUUGCUUUGCUUUGGAAAUGCAGGAAUCAUUCAGAGUUAUGGGGUUGAUCGGACAAUGUUGUUCUCUCAAUCAAGUUAAACCAAUGCGAGGAAAGAAGAGCAAGGAAAAUACUUCAAUAGAGAGCAACAAGAACAAAUCUUAAAAAUAAUAAUGAAAGUUUUUUUCUUCUUCCCCCUUAUAUUAUCUGUUUCUUUGUUUUUGCAAAUAUAUGUGAUCUUUGUUUGACGAGUUCAAUGGUAGAAGGAGAAGGAGAUCUUCUAUCCUUCGCCUUGGUUUUGUGUUCGCCUCAAGUAUUCUGACAAAAUUACAUCUUGGCGUCGACAUUUAACUAUUAGAAAACUAAAAAAAGGGGAAUUUUAUUCUAUUUGCGUUGGUUUUUCGACGAAUAUCAAAUCAUAUUAAGCUCGACCCUGGAAAAUGGUAUGGAAAUAAACAAGUCCCGGCUUCCACUCCCAUCAAAACAGCCGGCCGGCGGCCGAAUCACCGGAAACCCACAAAUUACACGUUAUUAAACAACAAGAACAACACCACAUUAUGAACUCUUCUAAUAGGAUGGUUGGGCUUCUGGUUGACCGGAGGAGGGGAGAAGAAUGGGAGAACGGAGCACGGAGAGAUCGCCGGCGGGAAGUGGUUUUUUUCCCCGAUUCUUCUGUAAAGCUUUAAUUUAUAAGAAUGAGAGAACAGAGCCUCGAAGCUCGUCGUCGCAGUCUCUUUGCUGCCGACUGCGACCACAACCAGAUCCUUUGGUUAAAUCGAAUAACACGUUAGCCCCUAUACUAUUGAAAUUUGACAACCCAGUCCUUUGGGGAAAAUAUUAGAGCUACGUCGGCACCAACUGUCCUAUUAGGCCUCCUGAAGUUCUGGGCUCUGGGUCUCAUGGCCCUUUCAUCACCGUGGGCUCGAUUUUUUAAGUCUGAAGGAAGUUUCUUACGGCCCAAGACUUAUUUUAAAGAUAGGAUUAUGACUUUUUUUUUGGGUGAAAAUAGGAUUAUGACUUUUAUUUCAUUUAUUUACUCUGUACAAAAAAAAAAUUAUUUAUUUAAAAAUAUUUUUUGUGAUUAAAAAUUUCAUUAAGAUAUAUUAAAUAUCCAUUAUCCUACUCAUCAACCAUAAGAGUUCAAAUUUUAUUAGUAUCAAUAUUCACAUAAAAAUUGCAUAACAAAUCAAAAUUAUAUUUAUACUUGACCGAUUUUUGAUUUUAUAUGGAUAUCCAUAAAUACUUUAUUUCAAUUUAAUAUUUUCAUCCAAUUUCACAGUGUUAAUAAUUAAACAUAUAUUGAAAUUACACAAGUAAAAAAGUACAAUAGCAAAUCACUUUUGGGGGUCCUAAAACGGAGUACAAACUUGAAAAAUUAGUUACUCAUCUAGAUAAAACUAUAAACCUGGA